UAAAUAUGAAAGACUAUAGAAACCUUAUUGACUCUUGGUCAUCACGAAAUCAUCUCCUUCCUUUGCUAGAUCCCCAAAUCACUACUCAAAAUCAUCUUCUGCAGAUCAAUACAUCUGUCAACUAUGAAGCUUCAAAGAUCUGCUCACUGUUUCAUUGCUAUCAUAGGGCUUCUAUCCACAAUCGCUCACUCAAUUCGCUUCGAGAUCGAAUCGGGUCACACAAGGUGUAUAGCAGAAGAUAUCAAAAGCAAUUCGAUGACUGUUGGUCAUUACUCAAUUGUUAACCCUAAUGAAGGACAACCUUUACCUGAAUCUCACAGAAUCACUCUCAGAGUGACAUCGGCUUACGGGAAUAGCUACCAUUCGUCUGAAAAUGUGCAAUCGGGUCAAUUCGCUUUUCAGGCUGUUGAGGCUGGAGAUUAGGCCAUGGGGUAUGGGGCUUGGGUUGGGGCGUGGGUUGGGGUAAAACGCCCAAGGCACCACCCCGGGUGGGCUUGGGUUGGGGCGUGGCCCCUUGGGGCUUGGCUUUCAAGCCGGGCGUGGGGCGGGGGAGCAAGCUGACAUGGCUGAUAUGGCGGGCUGUGAAUGGUUAUAAAUAUAUAUAUAUACAUAUAUUAAAAAAAAAAAGCUGAACCCAAGCCCCAACCCAAGCCCCACCAUACUCCCUUCAAAGUGGGUUCAAAACUUGAGUUUUGAAUUUCCAGGUGUCAACCAAUUCCCCAACCCAAGCCCCACCAUACCCCAUGGUCUUACAUGGCCUGCUUUUUUGCCAUUGAUCAGCAACCGCCGCUUAAAAUUCCGGUUGAGUUCGAUUGGAGGUCUGGUGUAGCGGCUAAAGAUUGGUCAAAUGUUGCCAAGAAAGGUUCAGUCGACGCAAUGGAAUAUGAGCUGAAGAAACUUGCAUAUACCAUCACUUCAAUUCAUGACGAAAUGAUAUAUCUCAGAGAUAGGGAACGAGAGAUGCAAGAGCUUAACAAAGUCACAAAUUCAAGAAUGGCAUGGUUGAGUUUUCUCUCACUUUUCAUAUGCUUAUCAGUCGCGGGUAUGCAAAUUUGGCACUUGAAAUCUUUCUUUGAAAAGAAGAAGCUCAUUUGAUACCGAUCUUUUUUAGUUAUAAGGAUGGAUUUUAAUUCAAAUACAUGUAGCAUCAACAAAUUAAAUGACUGAGAGAAUAAACUAACUAUGAUAUUUUAUAUUUGAUCUUUUCUAUUAUCAUUA